UAUCACGGAGCAACUGAAAGUGAAGUAUUGUGUGUUGCAUAGCUGACGCAGGAAAGGCGUCGUUAAUUUUACGGCGGACACGCGCAAAAGAACAUCAUACGUGCGCGCUACCGCUACCGGAUAGUAUUUACAAAGAUGGCGGCUACCGGCGGAGCAGUCGUAGUUCCCCGCAACUUUCGGCUGCUGGAGGAACUAGAGGAUGGCCAGAAGGGAGGCGGAGACGGUAUAGUAAGCUGGGGCCUCGCAGAUGAUGAAGACAUGACGCUAACUCACUGGAAUGGCAUGAUCUUUGGCCCCCCCAAGACUGUCUAUGAGGGCAGGAUAUACAGUCUGAAAAUAGAAUGUGGAGCCAGAUACCCAGAACACCCCCCUCUUGUCCGCUUUGUGAACAAGAUCAACUUGUCCUGCGUACACAGUUCAAGUGGUGUGGUGGAUAUAAAGUCAAUGGGAGCAUUGUCCAGGUGGAAAAACUCUUACAACAUUAAGACGGUGCUGCAGGAGCUUAGACUGCACAUGACGCUGAAAGAGAACAACAAGCUUUCUCAGCCACCUGAAGGCCAGGUGUACAGCAACUGAGGCCCUGCUGUGGUCCCUCCCUGUCGCUCAGACACACACACACGCACACACACACACACACACACACACACACACACACACACACACACACACACACACCUUGACUUCAAACGACACAAGCAUCAAGUGAUCCAAGACUCUCGAUUCCCUCUUCCUUCUUUUGGAACCUCCUAUUGGACAGAGGGAGGGAUGCACAGGUGAACCUGACCUCCUGACUCAGUGCCCAGUCAUUCAUAAAAGUUCACGGUGCAAGACCAGACAUUACAAAACACGAAUACUGUACAUAUUACCAAUGUUAUUUUUUAUUAUCUUUGUGUUCUACAUCCAGAUUGUAAAAUAACAAAUGACCUGAUGAAGUGUACCAUGUGUGUGUGAGUGAGUGAGUGUGUGUGUGUGUGAUUCAGUCAGUCAGUCAGUCACGCUUGUGUAGUGACAGUCCCCAUGUAUGGGUUUUGUGGCAAGGGAUUUGGAUCUUCUACUCGGCAAAUAAACAUACUUCUGUAACCCCGACUGAAAUGUUAAAUGUUGGGAGCGUUUUGACAUCUUGCAGUUUGCUGAAACACAUUCCCAUGACUAAGAAAAAAAAGUACCUCAGACAAUGCUUUGCUUGGUCUCCCUAGGCCAGCUUAUUCCCAAAUUUCCAAGCUUCCACAAUCCUGAUGAUGUGAAUUUGAUGGGCCUUCUUUAAACAAGUGCAUGUCAAGUGCCGGUACAUGGGAAUAUACUGCUACUAGACAUUCAGCGACAUACGUAUCAAUGGGACACUACUGUCUCAUCACUCAUGUUCUCAGACUUGUCUUCUGUGUGCCAUAUGGUUCAUAGCGCUUUGUGAUAGUGAUUGAUUAUGAGCAGCCAGUGGCAGGGGGGUAAGGUGGGGGUGGGGGGCUACAGGUCCUUGUGCUUUCUCUCUCCAGAGAACAGAUUGUGCGCUUGGCACCUUUUCAGGAUCACCACUGCACUGUGGCCUGUGCAGAGCAGGAGGAGCUGUGAUUUAUUUUCUUUGCUGUUUUUGGGUCCUUUUUUGGUUCUUUAGUCUCUGGGCUUACCUGUGUAUACUCCCUGGAGUCAUCUCUUCUCUCAUACAGCGAUUGCCCAGUGAAUGCAAUGUAUUGCUUUGGAUGUUUAUUUUAUAACAGGGGUUGAAUCUAAUCAGGGUGGUGGUGACCUGUUGCAUGGUUUUAUUUGAAUAAAACAUUAUUACUUUUGCA